AUGUUCAGGAGGAUUCGUCACUCGCUGAGAUGUUUUCCAAGACGCCGGUGCGAUUGUGACGACGACGGCCAAUCUUCGGGAGCCCGGCUUAACCGUCCAGUGGAAAAAGCACCAAGGCGCGCCCUUCGUCGACCACUUCCUAAGAAUGUGGUCAAAGGCGCAGCUCCAGAUGAGCGGCCCCAGGGUAGUGGACGUGAAGACGACAGCGAAUAUGAGGAUAGCAGCGAUGAUUAUUAUUUCGAAGCCCCCCCAACCAGCGAGUCUCACACAGGAAUAACACCCGCGAUGAGCGAGACGAAUCUCGACGAUGACCCAUAUUCCCUCUCAACCAGAAAUCCCCACACAGACAGGCCACCGGAGGUAAGUGACACCGAUUCCAAUAACGCGACUUCAUCUGGUGAUCACUUUUAUUCCGCCCCAACAAGAAAUUCGCACACGGGCAUUACUCCCGAGAUGAGUGAUGCAAGCCUCAGUGAGUCCCGUUACGAAUCAUUCCCAGAUUCAGGAGAAAGCUCUCUUUUCGUGAGUGCGUCUGGUACAGGUGAAUACCAUACCGAUGAAGAGGUCUAUAAUGGAGCUGACGAGGACAGUCUUGACCUGAACCAUGGGGAUGUGGGAGUGUACGAUGCAUCGGUAGAGCCCGAAGAACCCCGAUUUCCCAACAAAUCAUGGUCGAGCAAUUCUAGUGACAGGAGACGUCGGCGUUCUCUGAGUAGUCAAGCUCGAGCCGAUGCUGAACACAGGGGUCUUCAUGGAUCCAGGGGCAACAGUGGCAGUAUCAAACGCCAGCGUCUUGAUGCCUCAUCUGACACCGCAGGUGGGAGACUGAGAACCGGGUCUGAACCGACCGUGAGGGACGUCACCAGGUACAGAAAUAAAGGAGCACAAUACCAAGCAUGGAUUGAUGACCCCGAAGAGCCGGGGUGUCUAAUUCAACCGGCAACAUUAACUAUAGAAGAGAUGACCGACGAAGCACAACCAAUGCCUUGGACAAUCGACAAAUCGUACUACACCGUCGAACCCAUGGCGCUAGAAGGUGGCGAUGUCGAAUCGAUGAAUAUUGCUCGCGGUGGUCCGCGAUACCGCUAUACACAUCUCCGAACGGACCCGGGGCCGAACACGCUCGAGGCUAACGAAUACGAACAUCGAGUUGCUCGGGGCGUUCUUGUUGCGGAGAGGAUUUAUAGGGUAGACGGUCCUCAUUGGAAUGAGGUCGCUCGGGCUCAGUACUUGCUCGAUUUUAACUUGAAAACUCUGAGACAUGUUGUCUUUACCGAUAUCGGGAAUGACGAGACAGCUCCAUAUAUACGCCAUGAACUCUACCCCAGUUUUGGUGUUAGAUGGUCACAGGCAAGAGAUGUUAACUGUAUGAUAUUUAGGCAUGGUAGUGCUGAGUAUCAAGAACUCCUCGGGACAAAGUUGGGUAAAGCUGUGGCUUGUCUUAUCCUUUCUUCAUUCCCUAGGGGCACAAUGAGGAUCACUCGUAUUGUCACUUGGUGUACUUCGACUGCGCCGCAGAUGCGAUUUGAGAUUGAACCUGUUAUUGUUGCGCCUAUUGCCCUGGCCACAGCUGCAUGA